CGUGCUCAAGAUGCGCAUCGAUUGCGUCGUCGCUGAGUAAGGAAGCGCUGAGUGCGCCGCCAUCUAGUUCCAGGUCUCGAGUUGUUUCAAAAAACAAACAAACAAGCAAAAACGGAAAGUAAAAUAAUCAACGACAAAACCGCGAGGACAUUCACCCGGUCCUACCCGACAGACGGCAGUGUUUAGUAGCAGGAAGUCGUGACGAAGACAUGUCGGAGACUUACGAUUUCCUGUUUAAGUUCCUGGUGAUUGGCAGUGCUGGCACAGGGAAAUCUUGCCUUCUACAUCAGUUCAUUGAAAACAAAUUUAAGCAAGACUCAAAUCACACAAUUGGUGUAGAGUUUGGUUCCAAAGUCGUCAAUGUUGGUGGCAAGACGGUGAAACUUCAGAUCUGGGAUACAGCUGGUCAGGAACGUUUCCGGUCUGUUACAAGAAGUUACUAUCGAGGAGCAGCAGGUGCACUUUUAGUCUAUGACAUUACAAGUCGAGAAACCUACAACGCCCUGACGAAUUGGCUGACAGAUGCCCGCACGUUGGCUAGUCCUAACAUCGUCAUUAUCCUUUGUGGCAACAAGAAGGAUUUGGAUGCUGAUAGAGAAGUCACUUUCCUUGAAGCCUCUCGCUUUGCCCAGGAAAAUGAGCUUAUGUUUUUGGAAACAAGUGCCCUAACAGGAGAAAAUGUAGAGGAAGCUUUUCUUAAAUGUGCCAGGACCAUUCUGAACAAGAUUGAGUCGGGUGAGCUUGACCCUGAGCGGAUGGGCUCUGGCAUUCAGUAUGAGAAUGCCUCCCUGAGACAGUUGAGGCAGGCCGGAGGAGUUGCAGCACAGAACAAGCAGCAGUGCAGCUGUUAGGGAUAGUGAAGCCGAACUCCCCCUCUUGCAGUCCUGGAAAUGGGUAAGUUCAAUUGUCUU